AUGAGUAAAUCACACAAAUCUCACAAAUCAAACAAGAGCUCAAAGAAGGGAAAAUCAUCAGCGGGGGCGGAGGGCAAGGGCAAGAGCAAGACGUCCUUUGACGGGGGCGGCAGCAACGUCUACUCCAUCAACUUUGCCUCCAAGUGCCUCGGCUUUGCCGGUGCAGAUGUGUCCGCCAGUAAAAAGGCGCCUCCGCCGCAAGCGCUGCCCAAGGAGGACUUCAGCAAGGUAAACACCGAGUACGCGUCCGGCUCCAGUGCAGGCAGCAAACAAAGUGGCGCCAGCAAGGUGAACACAGCGUACGCGUCCGGUUCGAGUGCAGCAAACAGCAAAAGUGGCAAGUCGAGCAGUGCCAGCAAGUCCUGGAGCAACAGUGGCAGCGGCAGCAAGAGUGGCUCCGCCAAGAGUGGUUCAUCCAAGCAGAGUGGAGCUUCUGCAUCGCCCUCAGUUGAUCCUGCUGCCGCAGCUGCAGCUGCAGCUGCUGGAAACACUGCUCAACCUCCGCCGCCGCCUCCUGAAGCCUCCACUUCAAAGCAAGCAGCUUCAGCUUCGGCAGGUAGCAAAGAGCAACAGCAGCCCUCGGUCCCAGCUUCAGGCUCUAAAACACCUGGCAGCGUCUCCACAGAGUACGUGUCCGGCUCGAAUGCCACUGGCAUGAGCGGAGGAGGAUCUCAGCAGAAGGAAGGUGGCAGUGGAAGCAAAACCGUCUCCAGCUGGUCAGCUAAGCCCAAAUCGGGAAGCAAGAAAAAGUCCGGCUCUAGUAAGCUGAAGAAGCUGAGCAGCACACACUCAAAGAAGUCCGGCAGCAAAAAGGAAAGCAAGUCAAGCAAGUCGGGCGGCAAAUCGUCAAAGGCACCGGUGACUGCAGCCAUGACUGCAGUUGUGCCACUGUCGUCGGCUGCUGCAACCGGCACUUCGGGUACUUCAGGUGCUUCAGGUGCUAGUGGAAACGGAUCAGCUGGCAGUGGAGGAGCGAGUGGCAGUGGCAGUGGCUCCAACGCCUCUCAGCAAGCGUCCUCUAAAGGAAAGUCAUCAGCUAGUGGUGCAGUCAGUGGAAGCGACAGUGGCACUGGUAGUAGGACUGGCAGUGGUUCGGCUAGUGCCGCUGGUUCUAAAGCUUCUCAGCCAGCAUCCCUCAAAGAAAAGUCCUCCAACGCUGCAGCUAGUGUCAAAAGUGGCAGUAAAAAGGGCUCCAGCAUGUCCGGCAAUGCCAAAGUGUCAUCGCAUCAUUCUCAGUCUAAAAACAAGUCAAGUUCAAAGGGNUGA